AUGUCACUGUAUCUAGAGGAGUGGGUGAAAAAUAAUGAUGUUCUCUUGUUCUGGCAAGUGAUCUGGCAAGUGAAGCCAGUAGUCCACGCCUUUCAGGUAACUGAGGAAGGGCCAUGUGAGGAAUUAGGAGCAGAUGGACAACCUGCUAGCUUUAAUGAAUGGAUUUUACCCGCAAAGGAGUUUGAUGGCUUAUGGGAAAGGUGUGUCUUGAAAUAUGGUCUUGACUUUUGGUUAUAA